AUGGGUGAGAGGUGUGACUUUCUUGAAGAAAUCUCCACAAAGAGAGCAGAUUGGAUCAUUAAGGUUUAUGUUGUAAGGAUGUGGUAUGGUCCUCCACGCCCAAAUAGUAGUGAAGCUGGUGCUUUAGAGAUUGCAUUGCACGACUUGAAGGGCAGCAGGAUACACUGCACGAUUCCAAAAUUAGUGGUGCGACUGUUCCGGCCCAUUCUGUCGGAGGGGCAGCUAUAUAGUAUUUCUUCUUUUAUAGUCCAAAAGAACAAUAUGUGGAUGAAGUGCAGCUCGCUUCAGUAUAGGAUCACCUUAUUACAAAGAAGCAUGGUUGUUCAUAUCCCUCAACCGCUCUUUCCGUUUCAGCCAUUUACAUUUAGGAGUAUUGCGUCUAUCCUGCAAGAAGAAAGGCUUGAUCAGAAUUUUCUUUUUGAUGUGCUAGCAGAGGUUAUAGGGAAGGAGGACCCAAAGAAUUUGGUUACCAAGCAAGGGCAGGAAAGCAAGCGGUUAGGGUUGUUAGUGGAGGACCUUGAGAAGAAUUCUAUCAAUUGUACCCUAUUUGGUUCACUGGUAGAUUUGAUCCAACCCUAUUUAGAUGGUGAUAAGACUGAACCUCUCAUAGUUGCAUUCCAACUAUUUAGAGCAAAAGAAUGGAAUGGGAAGAUUAGUAUUCAGAGUAGUUUUGACACAUCUAACAUCCACAUAAAUCCCAAUAUUAAGGAGGCCGAACUAUUUAAAAAGAGUUUGGUGGACAGCACUCAAGGUGAUAGUCAUUUUUCAUCCCAGAGAAUAAGUCAUAUGUCAUCCAGUUCAUAUCGAUCUGCUAUCGAUGAGCUCAGAAAAGGGAUAUGCAAAGUUGAAACAAUAGACAGUGUGUUGAAUGCAAGUGAUGUUGGGUUUAAAUGGAUACUAUGUAUGAUUGUUGACUUUGAUGUCGGGAGGAAUGAUUGGUUCUUCAUAGCUUGCAAGUAUUGUCAUAAAAAAUGCAAAAAGAUAGAGGAGAGAUUUGAAUGUGACCAUUGCCGCAAGAAGGCCGUUCAGGUAGACUUGCGGUAUAAGCUUCAAGCUUAUGUUUCUGAUGCAACUGGAAGUAUGUGUGUAGUGUUGUGGGAUACCGAAGCAAGCCAAAUUGUAGGGUUGAGUGCAACCAAAGUCAGAGAAAGUUAUAGUCAGGAUGAUUCUGAUGAUUCUUACCCGGAGGUGCUGAAGACGGCCUUGGACAUGAAGUUGCUAUUAAGGAUUAAUGUGAAAAGUAGUAAUUUGAGUGGUAAUGAGAAUGUCUAUAAUGUCACAAAAGCUUGCCUUGAUGAGCACCUUAUCCAUAAAUAUAGCCAGUCUGUAAAUGAACAAUCUAUGGAGGGGUUGGAUAAUGUUACUAGCUUGGAUUGUACCACUGAUGUUGUUUAUCUUGGUGAUGAUGAAUCUGUCCAAGGUGGACAGACAGUUACCAGCGGCAAGGGAAGAGCUAAAAGGAUUGAUGCAGGAAUUAUAGGAGUAGUUGCGAAAGACUUGGAGAGUAUACCCAUAGGGCAGUUGUCAAGUACUAAGAAGCCAAGGUUGAGUAUUAAGAAAGAAAAGAAUCUCUAG